AUGGCUCCCACCUCAAGCUACGCAUACACACCCAUCCCCGUCAACUUGGACCCUGGAAAGUCUCAGCCGUAUCAUGUACAGCAAGGGUUGAACGAAGAUAAUGCUUCAGCUUUUGGAUGGAGAGGCCAGCGGCUGCAGCUUUUCCGUGUCGCUUUCACCUCGCUUUCAUUAAUAUGUCUCAUCAUCUUGAGCAUGGCUCUGGGACGGCUUACCGUCACCGAUUACGACUGUGGCAGACAGAUUUCUACAUGGUCACCGGCAUUCGAAGCUGUGGAGUAUUACCAAACGACUUUUGAGGGAGAAUUUCUUGCUCCGUCAGUUUGGCGAGGCCAGCCCUCUCCAGAACUGGAUGAGGCAUGGAAUCGCAUUUCCAUAGGAGGCACGGGGAGCUUGAGAAUCUCAAAAGACGAUCUAUCACGGCUCAACAAGUCAGCCGACGCGGAGAUUACUACCGGCUUCGGGGACGGCACAGACGAUGUACAAGUUUUGCUCGAGGUCUUCCAUCAGCUCCACUGUCUGAAUGAAAUCCGCAAGCACACCUGGCCUGAUUACUACAAGUUCGAGGCACCGCCCAAGGUAGAGCGAGCGCACCUCGCCAAACAAGUUUCAUGGAAGAAUGGAGACCCUGCCCCGGAUUUCAGCACUCUGCACACAUGUCGGAACUUUUCCAAGAUUCUAAAGUAUGUUGAGGACCACGCGGAUCUUUGGGGAUUCUGGGCCUCGUAG